AGAGCAAAAUUACUUCAUGAUGCCUGGAACUUAGCAUAUGCAGGAGACUUAAAUUUUGAAACUGCACUAAAUAUGACAUUAUUUAUAAAAAAUGAACGCAAUCAUGUAGUUUGGAACCCAAUGUUUACAUUUAUUGACCAAAUUGGACGGCGUAUCGAAAUGUCUUCUGUUUAUAAGAAGUUUGAGUUAUAUGUUAUAGCUCUCUUGGCUCCUAUGUAUGAAGACUUGGGUACCCAAAACAAUAGUGAAGCCACGUGGAAAACUGAUUUUCGAAAAUUAUCUAAGACAUUUUUAUGCCGUGCAGGCUAUUUGCCUUGUAUUAAUGCAGCAAGGAAAAGGUUUGGAUUGUGGCUUAACAGUUCUAAUCCAAAUUUUGAAAGUCCUGUACCUAAAGAGGACAUAUGCCCUGUCUUUAAAUUGGGUUCUAUGAAGGAAUGGAUGUUUGGACUGGAACGUAUAAGUCAAUUUCCCAACGUUCGGCCCCUAAGUGAUCGAACCUAUUUGUUAAAAAUGUUGGCUAGGUGUCCAGCUCAACAUGAAAAAAUACAUUAUUUACUUAAAAUAGCAAUACUAAGUAACAAUUCUAUACUCACUGAAAGCGACCAGAUUUUAAUAAUUAAUGCAGUCGCUUCUGGGUUUGUUGGAUACACAACACUAUUAAGCUUUGUUUCUGAUAAUUGGGAAUACAUACGUGAAAA